GUGCUGUGAGGAUUUGGAGCCGCAGAAGAGACAGCAUGGCCGAUAAAGAACCUGGAGGUUUUCUACAGCAGCUGAGGCAGAUAGCGGGCAGGAUGUCGUCUGGAGGGCCGAGAGGAGCCGGCCUGGGUAUUAAACUGCUCAUGGGAGCUGGAGCGCUGGCUUACGGAGUCAAAGAGGCGACAUACACAGUGGAGGGUGGACAGAGGGCCAUCAUCUUCAACAGAAUCGGAGGCCUGCAGAUGGACACGGUGCUCUCAGAAGGGCUGCAUUUCAGGAUACCGUGGUUCCAGUACCCGAUCAUCUACGACAUCCGAGCCAGGCCGAGAAAGAUUUCAUCCCUCACAGGAAGCAAAGAUCUUCAGAUGGUGAGCAUUGCCCUGCGUGUGCUGUCCCGGCCGGUGGCCUCCAGCCUGCCGUUCCUCUACCAGCACCUGGGUCAGGACUAUGAGGAGCGUGUCCUGCCCUCCAUCGUCAACGAGGUGCUGAAGAGCGUCGUGGCCAAGUUCAACGCCUCUCAGCUCAUCACACAGAGAGCGCAGGUGUCACUGCUGAUCAGAAGGGAGCUGAUCGAGAGAGCCAAGGACUUUAAUAUCAUUCUGGAUGACGUGGCAAUCACAGAGCUCAGCUUCAGCAAGGAGUACACGGCUGCUGUAGAGGCCAAGCAAGUCGCUCAGCAGGAGGCUCAGAGAGCUCAGUUCUAUGUGGUGAAGGCUGAGCAGGACCAGAAACAUAAGAUCAUCCAGGCUGAGGGAGAAGCUCAGGCUGCUAAAAUGCUGGGCGAGGCUGUGAUGAAGAAUCCAGGCUACCUUAAACUGAGACGCAUCCGAGCAGCCCAGAACAUUGCCAAGACGGUGGCGGCAUCACAGAAUAAAGUGUAUCUGAAUGCAGACAGCCUUGUACUGAACCUUCAGGACAGCUCUUUCAAUAAUUUGUCUCUAGGGAAGUGAAGAACUUCACCCCAGAGGAGUGGUGCAUUCCAUGUUGACUUAAACCGUCUUCUUAUUAGUGCAUGGUUUCCACACUGGGGCUGGGUGCUGUGCACGUCUUAUGAAGGUUUAAUAAUAUCAGCUUCAGAGGAAUGUACGUAUAUAUAAGUGUAAAUUAGUAUUAGAAAUAAAGACACUGGAGAUGCUAGGAGGGGUCACUAAGCUGCUAUCUGUGUACAGCAGGGUGUUUUAAACCCCAGAUGGGUCGCAGAGAAUAAUAAUAAUAAUUAAAUUAAUUUUGACUGGCACGUUAACAUAAAAAAAAAAAAACUUGUAUGUGAACUCCCCCUUGUGGAAACUUCAUGUAACAUGUUGUAAACUACAGUGGGACCAGAUUACAGAGCAGAACAGGGAGAGUAAGAUGGGUUGUUUGUGUUGCCUGGGCCGAUUAAAAAAAGCACUCGGGACCAACUGGUUCCUUUGCCGUGUAUGCUGACAAAAGGCUCGAAGAUUUUAUUAAAUAUUGUUUUCCAACCUAA